GUCUGGCACUUGGAACCCACACGGUCGGCACCCUGCUCAAGCAUUGGCUGAAAAGAAAAAUUCCCAUCUUUUUUUCCGCGGUCUCAACGCGAACGAGAUUGCCUUUCUUUCAUUGAAGACGAUCUCAAAUUCAGGAUCCACAAACAAAACCAGAAAGAAUCCAGCCUUGAUUAUGGAUCGCUGAUUCAAGUUGUAGUUUAGUCAAACAAUGAAGCUAACGUUCAACUAGAAAAAUUUAUCAGCAAUUCCAUACAAGAGGUUGUUUCAAGAUGGCAGAGAAAGCUUGUGUAAAACGGCUUCAGAAGGAAUACAGAUCCCUUUGUAAAGAACCUGUUUCACAUGUCACAGCUCGUCCUUCACCUACUGAUAUUCUUGAGUGGCAUUAUGUGCUAGAGGGAAGUGAGGGAACCCCCUUUUCAGGUGGAUAUUAUUAUGGAAAAAUCAAGUUUCCUCCGGAUUAUCCUUAUAAACCUCCUGGAAUAACUAUGAUCACUCCAAAUGGAAGAUUUAUGACGCAAAAAAAGAUAUGCCUGUCUAUGAGCGAUUUUCAUCCUGAAAGCUGGAAUCCAAUGUGGUCUGUUUCGAGCAUACUCACGGGGCUUCUGUCCUUCAUGAUGGACACCAGUCCCACCACUGGGAGUGUGACGACUACUGAUAUUGAGAAGCAACGGCUUGCAAAGUCUUCACUUGCUUUCAAUUGUAAAAACCCAACAUUCAGGAAGAUAUUCCCAGAAUACAUGGAGAAGCAUGAGAAGCUAUCAAAUCAAUCUACUAAUAAUGAUGAUGAAUUAUCACCACGGCUUCCCAAUAAAGAAAAUAGCCAAAAUCCAAGCUUGUUGGAGAAACGUGCACGAAAUCAAGAGGAGAAGCAGGGGAGGAACGAAGAAGAAGAUGAAGAAGGUGUGAACAACAACAAGAACCCUAGAAGACGACAACAAGAAGAACGAAGGAAAAAACAGUCUGUACCUACAUGGGUGUUGGUUUUGCUAUUUUCUGUGUUUGGGAUUGUGAUGGCACUUCCUUUGCUUCAACUAUGAUGAUAAUCAACUACUUUGGCUAAUAGGGAAUAUGGAAUAGUCCAGUCAGUCAAAUGUUCUGUUUAAGUUUAUAUUAUUAAUUAUUCCAUUCCCGGUUUGAGGUUCUUUUUUUCUUUAUGACAAACAGAUGUUCGUAGACAAACAACUCUAAUUCCUUAAAUAUCUCAGCUUGUGUUGGUUUGUUUGUUUAUAAAUUAUUAUAAGCAUUUUUCUGUUUUCUCAA